AUGGCUCUAGGUAUUCCACGCAGUGAUCUAUGGUUUACUGAAGACUUCUUUGCAAUAUACAACAACUUCAUCGAAUUUAUCAUGCUUUCUCGCGAUGCUUUUUUGUUUUUGGUCCACCACGUGUUCCUCCCACCUAAACUCCCUCAAAAAAAUGAUUCUGGCUCUGGUUUCGAACUUAUACUGCUGAACUUUGUCAUUGAGGCUUUGACGGCGUUCCGUAAACUCUCCACAGAUCAGGAACUUUGUAUGAUCGAUGCCGCGAUGAGCAUGCUGCUAGAAAUGAAGUCUGUUCAUGCCUCCCCCGCAGAUGAGAUUAUUGAAGAUGAGCUCCAACGAGCUUUAGGUACAGUCGUGGACCAUGGGGGAUUUCUUCCACUUCAUGUCCGCGCUCAAAAUGCUGGAGUCAUCAUCAGCAAGGUUGAUGCUUACAUCCAUUUCGAAGCAUUUGAGUUGGCGCCUCUUAAUGAAGCAGUUCUGACGACCACAGGCAGGCUCCGCCGCCACUUUCCCGGAUCUGCUACAGCCGUGAAAGUCAGUCAAGCCGCUGAGCUAGAAUUCCAGGCGGUGGUUGCAAGAACGCUCAGUCUGAUGAGCCACCAAGCCGCGGCCGGCCUACAGCCGCAAGCAAAGAAAGCGGGCCAAAUGCACGAUGAAGACCGAGAAACGACUCACCCUGGAAUGGUGUCUGAAUUUUUCGACGGCUUCGUGACCGCGGUUGGUACACCAGUGAGCGUUGAGGUUCUUGCCAAGAACACUCGAGAAGAAGUGCUCUGGGAUAAAGCAAGAUCGCCCUGGCGUAGGUCCCCUGGUUGGCUUCUCCUGCGAGUGUCACUUCAGCUGUGCUUUUCACGAUCCGCAAAGGAAGCUGGCGAAUACACCGGCCUCUACAAGCAGUUCAUGGUGUUCUUGAUGUCCCGUGUAUUAAAAACUUCAACACAGUUUUGCCUCGAUACAGACGUCUUGCACAUCAUGAACGCCAAAAUCGCACGCCGCUUGCAUAAGCUUAAUCCAAACCUCUGCACCCUGGUUCAAGAUGCUGUGUUGGAAGUCAUGCGAGAGACUCACGAGCUCAUUUCCAAUCGCUGGUCAAGCAUUCAAGAUCACGAAAAGCACUCGAUAGACCUCUCAACCUUAUCGACUUUGGAUUUCGAACGAGACAUUCAGCUCAGUCUCCCAGAAUUGGACGAUUUCAUAGAGGCGACAAAGCGUCGAAAGUCACAAGCUUACAAUUUUUUUGUUCAUAUGAAGUCCGAUCUGAUCAUAUACGAUGCUCAUGUGCUACCAGAAGCGCUCGGGGUGAGCGGCGACACAACUGUUCAAAACCUACACGGUUUUGAAACGUGGAUGGGCUCCAACCUUUCCGACUGGGUCCAGGAACACAAGAACGACUUCGGGGCUUGUGGUCAACUUGGUGCCCUGAUGAAACGGUAUCACUCUCUCGCCAUGGUUCACUAUUCCGCAAAUCCCGAGGCUAUCUCCAUGAUGGUUCUGGUAACUCUGGAGCUGUGGGUAGCGUGCGACAAGAUCGCAACACGGUCCUGCUCUCUGCUUGACAAGUACGACCCCGGUAUACCUGAAGAGCUGCUCCAAAACCUCCUCCUACCACUCAGACAACAGAUGGAUAGGCUCUCUUCCGUGGAGAAUUACCUCAUGGAACGAUCGCAGUCGCGUCGCCCGUCGACCAUGCUAUUCAGUAACUCUGAUGAUGAGUGUUUUGCAGCUAGGUACUUCGAUCAAUCUGCUACACAUCAGGCGCUACAUCAAAGAAUCUUGGAAAAAGCGACAAAGGCAAGAAGCAACAAAAUAGAUGAGCUGCGACGACUCCAGGAGGAUUAUGCGAGACUCAUGCGACUCCAUAGCCAGAGCUGCUGCGAGUUUUAUGAGUUCUCCAACCAUAUCUCUGGACUCCAGAAGCAUCACUCACCGAACUGCUUACACUGUAGCUAUUCAUCCAAAGCCAACGCACUUGAGAUUGCAGUCCACGAAUGGCCUUUACCGGAGGACAUCACGAGAGCGAAAUCGGUAGUCUUUGAACUCUCCGUCCCUACUUCAUUUGGGCACUGGCGUGAUGCUACUGUGUACCUACUUUUGGACGUACUGGCGGCUCAAUACAGUUCCACCCAACGUCCACGGACGUCCCAUCGUCUCUCUCAGGACCCACACCUCACUGGCUCCUUUUCCUCCUCUUUCGAUCCCGCCGGUUCCCAACGCAUCGAACUACUAUCACAAAACAAGCCCCACACAGGUACCCACCGCAGAGGCAGGAAUGUGUCUACGGCGCGAGAACAUGACGUGUGUGUCCACAAUGGCUUGAACUAUCAGUACUACGAUAACGGUACGGGUUGCUUUACCUGCCCAUUCGAGGUCACAGACAAGUUACCGCGAUCUUGCACGUACUCGCCGCCCAGCAGGUCUCUAGCGUUGGAAAAGUACAUCUUUAGGCCUGCCCAACUCCCAAACGGCCCAUCGCCGAACACGGUGAUUGCAGGCCAGUCGGAGUGUCCUGCUCAUAUGACACUGCAUGAGUUCAAAGAGUUGACCUCUAUUCCAUUGGCCUACCAUGUCCAGUGGAUUGAGAUCGCCGUUCAGCUGACGCUACCUUCUAUCGACUUCAAGAAACCGGAGACAGCGCUGGUACUUUUACAGUGCAUUCAUCAAGCGGGGCCCAUGUGCGACCGGAAUGGGACGCUGCGCGAAAGUCACCAGCUACUAGGAUACAACGAAUUCGCAGACACAUUGCUAAAUGGCUUGAAUGAUGCCCUGCAUCGAAUUGAGCAAAAUUGGGAGUCGUCACAAGCUCUUGCCAUUUUCAUCGCCAUUGCACGGCGUUUAUGUUCGCUGAGCUGCUCGGAAAGUGUCCAAGCCGCUUGUUUGCAGUACCUUCAGAAGGCAUCUACUGUCGCACUCAAUUGGGCGCACCUUUUGAAGUCCAAGGCAAACCAGACUAACGCGAUAGACCGCGAAGAGUUCCUUUUACGAAGCGUCGAAGCCGCCCUACUUUGCAGUAACACUUUCGAUGUCGACCGCGCACACUUGCCAGCCAUCUUGGCAAAUGCGCAGGUUGCUUCGGUGCUCCUGCAGUGCUCUACUAUGAUCCAUGAUGGCAACCACGCUCUUGCAGACACCAUUGACCUCCAGACGAUGAUGUCAAAAUCACGGCACAUGCGCAUCCUUCAUGACGCCUACCACUGUCUGGCGACAAAUCAAGCUGCCCUUCAUGAUGCGAUCGGGAAAGCCUGGUCUGCAUAUCGACCACAAGGCGAUUGGCAUGCCUCGGACAGCGCUUGUCACUGGGUGGUCACUCGAACUGCUCCAAUGGCGCAAGAUGGCGGACUGUCCGUCCAAUACAACCUACUGAGCGGCCAGCUGCUUGUCAAUGGUCUACCCCUCGACCGACUCCCCGCCAAUUACGAGCAGUGCGAAGGAUAUCAGUCGCUUUUUGGCAAAUCUACUGUCGAAGUGAUGCCAUCCAGCGUCCCAGGAAUGCAAUUUUCGAGCAAGACAGAGCACCACGGCUACAAUAUACAUUUCGGCCUAUCAACCCUUGAGCUUCAGCGCUCGAAAGACUUCAUGGUGCAGACCUCCACUACGACCUCGGGUACGACUCACGAAUUGAUCCCAAAACGUUUCUUCCAUAAGCAAUUACCGGAAUCCUUUGUAAACGAUUUUGUGCACUGGUAUGAUUGCGGUACUGAACAGGUGGAAUUCCGUCCCACUGCGAAGCCCUGGAGCAAUGGUUCCCGCGAGCAGUGGACACUGGUCAGAAGCGAUGACUCCAAGUGGAGGUUGACAAUGCCAAGGAACAAGACUUUCCUGAUAGGCUUGAACAGCCAGACGGCGACGAUCCUUGCCAACCUUCUAUCUCCACUUGCAAAGCCGCUUCAAAUCCACUGUGUCGUUAGUGCUCCUCUAUCCUCGUUGGAUAUCAAAGUCCCUAGCUUACGGUUGGCUUUCAAUCUCGAUCGUGGAGCCUCAUUUAUCCGGUGCCUUGAGUUUCGUGGGAUGAUUGUCGACCCUGACCAGUCGCUGGGAACCCUCAUUGGCUUCCAGAAUAAACUCAUUCUACGAAGUGAGCACACCGGAGACCGUAUCAUCCUCCUGGUCGAGGGGAAUACAUCUUUCCGGACGCGCCGAGCAGAAUCAAGCACAGGACAAUGGAGCAGCAGACACCACGUGGUGGUUGAAGUGGAUCGUGACACUACCAUUCGCUGGCACUCGUUCCGUGUUGACUUGUGCCUCAACCGGCUCAUCGACAAUGGCGGUCUACAGAGCAAACUGUUUCUCGUCUAUCUCCAUGCACUCACGUCAUCAUGUGCACAAGAUCCGCUAACGAAGAUGACCGGAACAGAGCAAGCGCUUGGUAUAUUAGGUUCAGCUGCUGUCCGAUCCUUUGAUCAAUUAUCACAGGAGAACAUCGAUCUCCUGAUGCUGAUUGCUGGGCUGACGCCAAAGCGGUCAUACUACCCAGCUAAUGAGCAAGUCAUGCAGACUAUCACAUGGGACUCACAGCUCGGCUUCAUGGCUCAGCACAAUCGUUUCUAUCAACUGGUCCAAUCCAUACUUCGUCAGGCGGCAAGAUCCAAAUUGUUCUUUCCCGGCUCCAAGGUCGAAAUACCGACAGUGGGAGACGUCGAACCACUUUUGCUUGAGCGUGAUUGUAUCAGGUCUUCGGCUUGGCGCGUAUCUGAUUAUGGAGCCGAGGAUCACACUUCCGAGGGCGACAUUGCCUAUCACUCCAGAGAUCGUAACGGAAACUCCCCAAGGCGACUUGAUGUGUACGUUAUAUCGAGCCUUAUUCACCACGGUCACGCUAAGUUCCACUGGGGACCACUGUCCGAGGGAAGUCUGUGGGAGUUUCUGUCCCGUGCUUCCAUGAUCUCCGGUCCGGAAUAUAAACCAGACUUGUCCCAGAUUAGGUACGACGCUACGCUUCUGGAAGACAAUGGUACCUUUCUCUCUGAGAAUUGGCCUCCUUUACAACGUAUAUUGAGCAGAGGGCCAAGCGGAGAAAUCAAUAAAUACGCGCUGAUGAUCUGGCUCUCUACCAUGGCAUGCUCUGGAAAAAUUGAGAAGGCCAUUCUCGAGACGGUCGCACUUAUCUACACCUGCGACGAUUUCGGAGCUAUUAUCGCGCCGAACGAGGAGGCUUUCCACAUAUAUGAGGGCCGCCAUAUUGACAAAGCCAAAUUGAAGGAAGACAUAAAACCCAAUCUUCGUGCAUUCCACCACUCUCCGGAGGCCAAACUAUCCAAAUUACUGCAUGAGUCGAGAGUGGACUUCGGACACCGGACCCAGCAGCUAUUUCGAAGCAGCCAGCAGACAGCUGUCGAAAAGCUUGCCUCUGCACUGAUCACACAGUGGCCUUCUGAAAAUCCCAACAUCCCAGCUAUAGGCCAAUUCGCAGAUGUGUCUUCUUAUGUGGAUGUGCAAGCCGCAAUGCGUACGGCAAGCACAACUUUCAAGAAUUGCUUUGACAAUCUACAACUCUCCCAGUACCUUCAACUCAUCGAAGGGAUUGCCUCCCAUCAUGAGGUUCAUCCGGUCACCGUCCCUCGUCAGAAUCUACAAGAUCCACUGCCGAGUCCAGGAUCAAAUGUUUUCAUAUCGACAGCCGACAUUUUCGAAAAAUCCGCGCCCCGACUCACGAUAGCUUGCGAGCCCAUCAAAACAAGCCUCAGACCUUUGAGACAGGACAGGAGGUGUUCGCGUCUCGAAGAAUUCAUCACCAGACUAGAGAUGGGGAAAGAUAAUUCUGGAUUCGAAAAUGAUUAUGUCAACAAUCUCAAGGCCAGUCUUGAAUCGUUACGACAUUUGGAACGGCAGGAAGUAGGUCAACUUCCAUCACAUGACUGCUUGGUCACACACUUGCAAUCCUGCAGAUCGCAGGCCCUGCACAUGUACGGAGAAAUGACGAGAGCCGCCACCCCAUCUGCUAGCGAGAGUCCCUCGCUUGCAGCUAUGGCAGAGAUCGAUCAAUGGCCAAGGAUGCGUCCGAUGCUAUACCUCCAGCAGCUCGGGAAAGACGGCUGGAAAGGACUAGUAUACGACUGGCGCCGCUGCAUCGUCACGUACGGCCUCGCUCUGACGUGGGCUCAACGUGCGGAGCGGCUAGUCAAUGCAUCUCGUUCGGGAAGAAAGAGUGAUGUUGUUGCCGAACUCCAGAACACUGGUCACCAAAACUGGGAUGCACUGGAGCACCCAGAAUCGCUCCUUCUCGAAGUAGAGUGUAACAUCAUGAUUCGUGACGUCCAGGAGCAGAUCGCUGGCGAGAUGCGGAAUCCUCGAUGCAGACGUAACACCUCGAUGCAACUGAAUAUGGGCGAAGGAAAGUCGUCAGUCAUCGUGCCAAUGGUCGCAGCUGCACUUGCUGAUGGAUCCCGACUGGUCCGGGUCAUCGUGGGAAAGCCUCAGGCCAAGCAGAUGGCGCAGAUGCUGAUCUCAAAGCUCGGCGGCAUGCUGAAUCGUCGUAUCUACUACCUCCCAGUUUCUCGUAGUCUCCGACUCGAUGGAAGGGGAGCUGAUACGAUCGAUCAGAUUUGCCGGGAGUGUAAAAAGAAUGGUGGUAUCCUCUUGGUCCAUCCGGAACACAUACUUUCGUUCCAGCUGAUGGGUCUCGAGCGUCAUAUCACAGGCGAUGAAUCGGUUGGCCGUCCACUACUGCGCACACAAGAGCUCUUCGACCAGUGCUCCCGAGACAUCGUGGAUGAGAGCGACGAAAACUUCAGCGUAAAAUUCGAGCUGAUUUACACCAUUGGUACACAGCGCCAAAUUGACAUGAGUCCGGAUCGCUGGAUCAGUAUCCAACAGGUCUUGGAUCUGGUCAACGAAAUAGCACCUACAGUUGCUGACGAACUACCACACUCACUGGAAAUACGGCGAACGUCCCGAGGUCAAUUCCCGAGGAUGAGGAUACUCCAUUUGGAUGCUGUCGAACCCCUGCUGGACAAAAUCGGCAAGAAGAUAUGUGCUACCGGCCUGGCAGGAUUUCCCAUAUACAGACAGCCGCCGGCCGUUCGCGACGCUGUUCUUUCGUACAUCACCAAACGCGAUAUAACGAGCGAACAGAUUGACCUUGUCGAGAAUUCCGCUCCCGAUGGGUUUUGGAAUGAAAGUAAUCAGCGCAUGCUCUUCCUGCUUCGGGGCCUUCUUGCCGAGGGUGUUCUCGGAUUCGCAUUCGGUCGGAAGCGAUGGCGUGUCAACUAUGGCUUCGACCCGAGCCGUACUCCCACCACACGAUUAGCAGUGCCGUUCAGAGCCAAGGACCAGCCAACAUCCCGCUCCGAGUUUAGCCAUCCCGACGUAGUCAUUCUCCUCACAUCUUUAUGCUACUAUUACGGAGGUCUGGCUGAUGAGCACCUCUUCGCCUCAUUCGAACAUCUCCUUGAUACUGAUCAAAAAGACAUCGAAUACCAAGCUUGGAUCCAAGGUGUACCAGACCUGUGCCGCACUUUCCGCCAACUUGAGGGUAUUAAUCUCAAAGAUCGACAACAAUGUACUUCGCACGUGUUCCCGGCAUUGCGCCACAACAAGCGCGUUGUGGACUAUUUCUUAUCCCACAUCGUGUUCCCUAAAGAGAUGAGAGAGUUUCCUUCAAAGCUGUCGGCCUAA